AUGCUUACUCUCAAACUUUUUGUUUAUACAGUAGUGAUAUUCUUUGUUUCCCUCUUUAUCUUUGGAUUCUUAUCUAAUGACCCAGGACGUAAUCCUGGGCGCGAGGAGUAA